AAAUAGCAUCGAGAUAUGAUCGACCAAUGUGCUUGUUCGCAUCAGUUAUCUGCUGCUCUUUCAACGGAAGAUAUGUUACGUACGUCCUCUAUCGUUUUCCUCACUUGUUGCCUUACGUUCCUCAUUGAAGGAUCAAGUUUCAAGCUGAAAAUCAUCCAUUUCAACGACAUUCACGCACGAUUUGACGAAGUGACGAAUAGCUCCUCUCCAUGUUCCGGAAAUGGCGAAACUUGUGUCGCUGGCAUUGCACGAUUGGUAACGACGAUCGAAAAGUUGAGAAAGCAAAAUGAAAAUCAUUUGGUUCUGAAUGCGGGAGAUGUCUUUCAAGGAACCAUUUGGUACACCUUGCUGAAAUGGAACGUCAGCCAGCAGUUCAUGAACAUGGUCAAAGCGGACGCCAUGACGUUGGGUAAUCACGAGUUUGACGAUUCUUUUCCGGUUUUGAUCCCUUUUCUGGAGAAUACAAAAAAUGUGACACCUGUGGUAGUAUCGAACUUGGUCUUUCCAAAGCAGCUUAGUAGAGAUGUAACUAAAUUUCGCUCUUUGAUCAAAGAAGAUCCGCUGGUUCUAACGGUUGGCGGUCAAUCAAUUGGAAUCAUAGGAGUGAUAUUCGACGAAACAGAUAAAAUAGGCAAUUCCGAUCCGUUAAAGUUCAAAAGCAGCAUCGAAACAGUACGGAUUGCAGCUAAACAGUUGAAAAGCAAAGGGGUCAAUAUAAUAAUCGUUCUGUCUCAUUGUGGGGUUUUCGAUGAUAAGAAGAUUGCCGAACAGGCAGGCGAAGACAUAGACAUCAUAGUAGGCGGUCAUACGCAUACGCUACUCUACAAUGGCGAUCCCCCAUCCAAGCAUGCCGCUUUGGACAAAUAUCCGAUCGUGGUCGAAACCGGAAACAACCAUAAAGUGCUGAUUGUGCAGGCUUUUUGCCAUGGACACUACGUGGGAAAUAUCGACUUGACUUUCGAUGAUGAAGGGGAGAUCACUGCUUUCGAAGGGCAACCGAUAUACCAAGAGAAUAGGAUAGAGAAGAACGCCUUGGUUGAGGCGCGAGUGCGUGAGUUGAGGAAGGAUGUUGAAGUCAAAUCUUUGGUCAAAGUAGGUGAAUCGAAGCUUGAGCUGAGCAACGAUUGCCGGUUGAAGGAUUGUACAUUUGGGAGCGUUCUUGCCGACGCAUAUGUCUGGCACUUCAGAAGUAGAUCUAAUGCUCCUAUGAUAGCGAUGAUUCAUCCAGGGAAUUUUCGAAUUUCUUUAGCUGCAGGAGCAAUUACAAGGGGUCAAAUUCUCACUGCUUUACCGUUCAACUCAAACGCCAACCGAGUUACUGUUCUUGGUUCCACAAUCAAGAAAGCUAUCGAGUUUGGUACCUCAAUCAAUCCACGAAGGUGCUCCUUCAAUGCGUUGCAAACGGCCGGCAUCAAAAUAGACGUGGACUAUGGGAAACCAGUCGGGAAUCGAACGGUGAUCCUGCUAAAAACUGGUGGCAAAUACAAGCGGUUGGUCGAAUCGAAGAAAUAUGACAUUCUGGUUAACUCCUAUGUGUUCAAAGGGGGUGAUGGAUUUGAUAUGUUCAAACAUCUUGCAGUUAAAGGACGGGCACCAUUCGAUGCGGAACUUCUGGAGCAGUACAUCGUGGCUCGUAAAGGAAUACAAAAAUCCGGGCUUCUUCAGUCUCGAAUGAAUGUGUCGCAUGUGGAAAAAGCAUUGAGCGAAGUUAAAAGCUGCAAACAAUCUAGAUGAGGUGGAAAUUUAAAUAACAUUUGAUAAUACAUUGUUAUGGAAAUAAUCGUAGAGAUUAAUGCUACACAUGAAUUAUACUUGAAUGUCUAAAAA